GCGGCUAUCAACAUUGUCAACCGGAGCAAAACGCCAUGGACAUGGCUUGGGUAUGGAGACUGCAAUGUUUACUUAUACGUUAUGGCUAGCCUUAUGGUGAUGCAUCAUAUGUCAACCAGUUUGAAGCUGUCCUUCCCCCUUUGUUUUUUUUACCCUUUUCGUUCACAUCGCGAACCCGCUGGCGGGUGUUCAUAAGGGGGUCGAGUUGCGUUCACUCAGGAUCCACGGCAAGAUGGCAGUAAAGGAGUUCAUGCUGGAGAGACAGGCUUCAGUCUCGUUGAUUGGGGGUUGGAAACCGGUUACCAUGCAGGCGCCGGUACUGUUAUCUGUAAUCGUUCUGACACUCGUGCUUGCUGGUAGCAUUGAGUUUCUCGCGCAAAAGAGCCAGAAGCAAGGCGGACUGUCCCUAUCCGAGUGUUCCGAUUGUCUUCCAGGGAUUGUGACUUUUGGAUAUCUCUAUGCACCUACGGUCAUAUCCGUUCUGUACAGCUUGCUUUGGUCUUGGAUUGAUCUGGACAUUCGACGGAUACAACCAUGGCUGGAGCUUUCCCGCCCAGAGGGUGCUGAAGCCAGUUCCUCACUUCUCUUGGAUUAUCCAAGCACUUUCCUCGCGUUCAUACCAUUCUCAGCUUGGAAAAAAGGACACUGGCCCGUCUUUUUCUCUGGCAUUACAUCCAUGCUACUCUUUUGGGCAAUUACGCCACUUCAAAGUGCAAUUAUGGGCGUGAAGUCGGUCUCAUUCUCUACUAAUAUUACAAUGGUGGCUCAUUCGUCUCUUCCAUCACCCCAGGAUCAGGCAUUGAUGAUGGACACGGCAGUUUUGUACACAGCCUAUGGAAUAGCGUGGCUCGAACAAACCCAUCCAUCAUUCACGACCGCCGACUAUGCGCUCAUGCCGUUCUAUCGCGCGGACUCAGCUUCAGAAAACCAUCCCGGCGAGAACCUGACCGCUGUAACGAAUAUGCUCACUACGGAACUAAACUGCUGGGAGCCUAUCAUGACUGAGCUCCCAGUUAGUAGGAGCUACAAGUUUGACAACGGUCAGGGAUGUACUGUGGAUGUUGGGCUUUUCCUAGCACCACAAGAACACAAGAACGAGUCUUCUGAAGUCCUUUACAUGGGUUGGGACGGUAACGCAAUUCUCGAUUACUAUCUCGAAAGCCCAAACUGUACCAGAAAGUUUUCAAACCAAUUUCUCGCUGUCUAUGCUCAUCUGGCCGUGAGCGAAAUUGGCAAUCUCGAAGAAUCGAAUGUCACAGCCAUAUUCUGCGAGACUUCAUAUUUUAAACAACCUGUUUCCGUCACAAUUUCAGCCGAAUCUGGCCGUCCGCUAAACAACUCUAUUGUUUCCAUGGGACAGAAACAGCCACUUGGGAAGGAUGAAUUCAACUCAACCGCACUCGAAUAUCUCGUCGGUGUGGGGAUGCCUCCACCUACUCCUACACGUGACUACCCAGCGGCAAACACAUUCGAGCCAUGGGGUAGCCUUGCCGAGAAGGAUGUUGCCAGACCGGUAGUACCUAUGGUCAAUAUUGCGCUUGGGCUUUCAGACGAUCCCGCGUCGGAUUUCUACAAUGUCACAACGCUUGAACGAGUAUUCACAGCGGCCUAUAAGACCAUUUUCUCCGCUGCCAUCUCUCGGCUGGCUUCUGAGACAAGGGGCACUGAGUACAAGACGGGAGAAUCUCAUUAUACUCUGAACGGAGUUGUGGUCAGCAGAACAAUCUCUGCUAUCCUUGAAGGGCUUCUUCUUUUGCUGGCCAUUCUUAUGGCUGCUACGCUGUAUACUUCCACGAAGGCAGUAAGCAAGCUCACCGCGGAUCCUGCUACGCUUGGUUUUGCCUUGAAGUCCGUACAACAUAGUCGAGUCGUGCUUAAUCGACUGGCACUGGAGGACUGUGCCGACGCUGCUUCCCUUCAGCUGAGUCUUGCCGGAGAACGAUUUUUCAUCGAGAAAGGAGUUACAGGCAAUAAUAUUCUGGAGAUGGAGUCCAGUUCUCGUGUCGAUAUCAGAACUGAUAGUCGCAGGAAGGAGACUGAGUAUCACCCUACACGACCCAAAGAGCUGAGCCCCUUGACAGGAUGCUUACUUGUUUGCAUACUUUUGACGGGAGUUGGUAUUCUUAUAUACUUCAAGAAGCAGGAGGAACAUUUGCAAGGACUUCCCCGGCCAAGCGAGAACUUCGAAGUUUUGCAGUUGCUGGAAAACUACAUCCCGACCAUCUUCACAACAUUGCUGGAGCCUUUCCUCGUCCUCAUGACCAGAUUAUUCUGCAUCUUGCAGCCAUUCAACACUCUGCGUAAGGGAAAUUGCAAUCCAGAGAAGACUUUGGAGACCAAGUAUACGUCGCUACCACCUCAGCUUAUCCUAUGGCGCUCCUUAAGAUCGAGAGACUUCCUGCUCACAGCUCUAUGCAUAAUGUCUCUUUUAGUCAACCUCCUCACGGUUGCGCUCGGAGGCACUUUCAACGAGUUGCCUGUUCAGAUCCAGUAUCCGGUGACUUUUCAUGCAGCUAGGGUGCCCUCACUUAGCCGCGAUACCAUGCUAAAUGAGUUGUAUCUUGCUGGCAAGCCAUAUCAAGACCACUUUUAUGCCGCAUACACCAACAUUUCUGGCAACACUACCCUACCGCCGUGGGUUACGACUCAGUAUACUUUCCUGCCGGUCAACGAAAUCAUCCAGGAGAGGUCAGGUUCAGCCGACCUCUUCCGCGCCAAUUUGAGGGGAUUUGGAACGGAGGCAAAGUGUGAACCUAUUUCCACGUCACUCACAGCACCCCAAGCGGUUGCCAAUAUUACAGAACUGUUGCGAGGUGUGCCGCAAUCAGGAAGCCCUGGCGCUACUUUCAACUUCCGCCAUGAUAAUGGGACUUGGCAGACUUGCUUCCCAACUUCUUUACUAUGGGGCUCGAACGCAACAGGAAUAUCGGCCCGAGAAGUUGUCACACCGCUCAGUAAAUCGUACGGGUACACUUAUGGCAACAUACCCUACGAAAAUAGCAUGUGCGAGGACAGAUUCAUUGUUGGCUGGCUUCGCGUCGACUCGAAGAAUCAAACAGAGUCACUUCGGUCAACUUUCUUACAAUGCCAAGCAGUGAUGCGUACGGCCAUGUUUGACGUUGACUUUGAUCAGUCCGGACAUAUUUUGGCGUAUUCAAGGAGCGGAGAAUUCGAUGACAUGACACAGUUCAUGUCCCUGAACAUGUCUCAAACCAUUGUCAGGCAAGCCAACAAGCUCGUUAACUACAAUGGAAGGCCGAUGAAUGAUUACGCCUGGCACAAUGCGACCAUGGUUGCCGACUGGUGGAAUUAUCUCAUGAGAUUCAAACUGAACAGCACCGAUUUGGUAGACCCGAGUCUGGAUAUUCCAAAGGCGGAGGACAUGAUUCCAGUCGUGCAGGAUCUGUAUCAGAGGCUGUUUGCAAUCCUGGUCGGAAAAAACCUGGACAUGUUCCAGGAACCAUCCACACUACAAAGUAUCAACGGUACCAUUAUCGUCACCGAAACACGCAUUUUCUUGGACAACAAAGCGUAUCUAAUGAGCGUUAUCAUUCUCUGUUUGACCGCAGCCGUCUUGAUAUGGGCUUAUCUAACGCAAAGCGCUGCGUACCUUCCUCGCUUGCCAUCAACGCUGGGCUCCAUGCUUGCCUACACUGCAGCUAGUCGAGCAGUAAGAGAGUAUGGAGACAGUGCAACAAGCGACCAGGAGAGCUGGCACCAGAAGGCACCCUUCAAGCCGACAUUCUCGUUCGGAAAAUAUCUCGGCGUGGAUGGAAACAUCCAUGUCGGUAUUGAAAUGGACCCCUUUGUCACACCAAUUGAUGGAACGGUGUUGAGGCGUCGAACGACAGCGAAGUCGUGGUUUCGGGGGAAGGGGGAGGAGUAAAGGGUGGAUAUGUCCAAUAAGCGAUUGACUUGCACUCGUCGAAUUCAAGUCUUGCGAGUGGAAUUAUGCCCAAAAUUCCGUGCUUGAAGAGUUCCUUAUACACUCCAUUCUCCACCUCAACGUGAUGCACCUGCGUUGGUGAAUGAAAGAUUAGAGAUAGGCAAGACUGCCUCUAGAGGUACUUACUACUCAAGAUAUCCGGUACCAGCAACUGUGAUCGUGUUCUCAAGAUGAACCGUACAAGUCAAGCAGAGGACUGAUAAUAAUAUCACUCAACUUUCGAC